AUGGGCAAGGUCAACGAAAGAGAUGGCAUCGCCAUCCUGCAACUCAUCAUCUUCCCCUUUAUUUUCGCCGCGGCUAUUUUCAUCUGGAACCGGGCAGGGUGGAGAGUCGGCAGCAAGAUUUGGCGCUAUCCCGCUACUCUAUCACUCCUGCGAAUCGCCGGCAGCAUCUCGACCCUCAUUGCUAUUGAUCAUUCGAGCGACAAUGUUCUUCGCGCGGAGUUUGUGUGUGAGCUGAUUGGUAUUGCUCCCUUGCUGCUGUGCUAUAUCGGAAUCAUGCGACAGAUUGAUAUUGACCAGCGAAUUCCUCCCCGGCCUCUCGUCUUGGUGACCGUCAUGGCUAUUGUAGGCUUGAUUCUGGGUAUUGCCGGAGUGUCCACUGCCAACGUGGACGUCGAGGUGGUGAACGGCAAAGUCAAGUACAUCUACAACCCCGGGUCAUUGGUCCAGGCCUCCAUGGGUAUCUUCAUCGCAGUCUUCGUCAUCACUGUCCUGAUGACUGCGUGGUUGUACCUGCAGCUCAGCUCCAACCUGCGCCGCUUCCAGAAGAAGCUGUUUAUGGCCUCACUCUUCUCCGCCCCCUUCUUGCUGGUUCGCUUGGUCUACUCCGCCCUGGGCGACUGGGAUAGCACCGACGGCCGAUUCUCCCUCUUCGGGGGUAACUCCACCAUCUACCUGGUCAUGUCUGUGCUGGAAGAGAUCUUCGCCAUGAUCAUCACUAUGGGCCUGGCCCUGUCCGCCGUGCUCGAGUCAGAUUUUGUCAGGAUCACUCGCCCUGGGCAGCACGCGGUCGAGACAGAGCCCAAGUAUAACGGUGUCUAA